AUGGCACCUGCUGACAAGCAAUCCGGUGCAACCCAAUAUGACCUGCAGCCGCUCGAGGAUGCCCUGGUUGCUCGCGGGCUAGAAGGCAUCUACACACGAGACUUUAUGCAGAAGCUCUCCGAUGACACGGCAAAAUUGCGAUCAGGAGAAUUGUCCCUAGCUGAAGUCAAGGACACAAAGACAGGUUCAGCCUGGCUCCGCAACACUCUCACAAGCGAAGUCAACCCUCCCAAUCCCGGCCUACGCACAUACUCUGGCCAUUGGUACAAUAGCUACCUCCGAAUUGCAGCUUACGGCUAUGGCAGAGGUCCGGAUCUUCUCGUCGAGGCACAUCACAAAGACGGACGAAUUGAACCCCCAGAUCAUGCAUUUGAUCCGUCCAAAACAUGCUCGCCUGUGCAGUUGACUUCGCAUGCACCACAUCAAGACGAUCAGUUGACGCAGAAGCAGCAGAACUGGGCUGCUUGCAACGACUUGUACGCCGUCAGUAAGACGAGGGCACUCUUACAGCUGCAGAUCGCACUUCAACACCUACAAUCUGGCGGACCUCGCGUCGACAAAGUUGUGUGCAUGGGCCUGGGAAGUUUGACGCGUCAAACCGGUUCUUUGAACGGCCUCGACGCCUGGUUUCGCCCAUACUCACAGCAUAUCGUCGCGUUAAGCAUCGCCCAGGCCCUUGACGAGUUAUACGACCAACACUACGAACGUUACGGAGAAGAUAAAUCAAAAGUGCGCGUGCUAGCCCAGGAUCCUGGAUAUUCGAAUUCUGACAAGCAAAUCCUCGUUGAGAACGACAUUACUGUCCUCGAAGAUCCGGAAGGACUCCUUGCGAUUGACGAAAAUACGUUUGUUAUCAGCGCGUUUCCCUCUUUUCCCCUUUACGAGAUAAUUGCAGAUAUGCUCCCAGCAGGACCGGCAGCCAUCUUCGACGCUUCCCUACCCAUCAGUGUGACCGAUACGCCAGUUAGCUCGUCAAUGCAAUACAAUGAGUUCGCUGCACCACGCGUUAAGAAGAUGCUCCAGGGUUGGCAGGCACACGAAUUGAGGUGGGACGAGCAGGAAUUAUUGGACAUGAAUCAGAAGCUCAAAAUGGCCGUAGAUUGGCUCCCGCGGAUGCGGCUGUUUCUAAAGCCAAACGACAGCAGUUGGGAAGGUGACAACGAGAAAGUCACCGAAGACAUACUGAGAAGGCGGAAUCGCCUCGACGAAAUGGUACCAAGCGGAGUCAAGCUAUUACGCCAGCGCAUUCUACGAUUAAUAAAUCUAUGA